AUGUUGGAGCGACCAUCCUUCCCUCGUCUCGGGGCCGGGACCCGUCAUCACCGCCCGCUUGGUCAGACCGGCGAGGGCUCCGACUGGCUCCUUGCAUUCACUGGCAUCUCUGGCAUCGCUGGCAUGAUGAUCCCAUAUGUUCCAUGGGGCUUGAUACGGGCGAUGCAGCGAGGUUCAAUUGAAUUGACUUCGCCACGCGGUGUUUGGAUAUUCAAUUGCGCAAUCUUACCUUCCCGUUUACACCGAACCGUGGAAAGGAAAGGAAACAUGAAACCAGAUCAGGACCUGUUUGGCAAGGUAUACCUCGCGGACUGCCUUUGUGACAGGCGGCUCCGGUGGCUUAGGAAAAGCGAUUUCCAACAUACUUGCUGCGCGUGGUGCCAAUGUCACAAUAUUCGCACGACGGCCGGGCCCUCUAGCCGAUGCCCAGAACGAGAUCGGGGGGAACUGUGUGGAUGCGGACCGGCAAGAGAUCGAUGCCGUGGCGGUGGAUAUGGCCGAUGCCUCUGCGGUGUCGGACGCAUUCAGAUCCCAACCCCGAAUCGCGGAUUUCCUGUACUGCUGCGCGGGGGGAAACCAUGCCGAGAACGGGUUUUUCAUCGAUCUUCAAGCCACGCAGCUGGAUUCUUGCAUGAAGAACAAUUAUUAUUCCACUGCGUAUGCGGCCAAGGCCAUGUUGGAUAUCUGGGUCGAGGACGACAAGAAAUAUCCCGGCACCGACGUGUCGACCAGCGACACCACUGGACCCAAACCCCGAAGGAUUGUUUUCGCCAACAGCGCGGCGGCGUUCUUGGGGCUACCCGGGAGCGUUGCUUAUACGCCCGCCAAAAGCGCAGUCCGAGCCCUGGCAGACACCCUGCGCUUGGAAGUCCUCCGGCACAACUCCGCCAGGACCACCUACACAAUCCACAUCGCCUUUCCAGCCGACUUCAUCUCGCCUGGGUUCGUCCUCGAACAAGACACCAAACCGGACCUCACGAAGCGGAUCCAGGGCACCAACGUCGCCACUUUCGCGCAGCUGGAGGAGAAAUUCCCGUCCUCGGAGAAAGUGGCCCAGGGGAUCGUUGCGCGGGUCGACCGAGGGGAUUUUAUUAUCUGCGAGGAUUCAUUGGCUGCGAGUCUUUUGUUUACGAACAUGGUUGGGUUGAGCCCCAAGAGAGGACUUGGAAUUGUGGAUUCGUUGUGGAGCGUGGUGAUGGGGUGGUUUGUGGUGCCGGUGUUGAGGAGGAGGUGGGAGAAGAUGUGCAGGGAAGAUGCUAUUAA